AUGACGGAGAAGAUUACGAAAACAUUAAAUGCUCUUAGAGAGACUGUAAAGCAGAAUAUUUGUGACAGAGUGAACGGUGUCGUUAACUUUCUGAAGGAGAAAGUUAAAGGAAUUUUGACUAAACUUCUCGAAGUGAAACACAGCCUUGGACAGUACAUUAAGGCGCUGCAAAAAUGGAUGAAACAAGCAAAAGAGUUUAUUGAGCAGAAUCCGCAGAUGAAAGUUAACGAAAUAUUAAAGGAAGUAAAAGACCCGGCGGAGCCAAAUAGGGAUAGGAAAAAUCUUGAAGAUACGAUUAAGAAUGUUGAUGAAACGCUGAAGAAAAAAGUUGAGGAACUUGGCGCUUGGAAAGACGCGGCCGGGAAAGUUGUGCAAGCGGCGCAGGGGAAGUGUGAUGCAAUUGUUAAGAAAGUUGGUAGUUCAGGUGGGGACGCUGUGAUUUUUACUCAAGCUCAAGAUAUGAGCACAAAGGCUGAGAGUCUCAGGCAGGCGGCGGAGAGUGUUAAGAGGGAUAUUGGGGGAUGGGUGCAGGGGGCGACGGAUAAGGUGACGGAGUUGGAAACCUAUCUAAGGAGCAGCCUGUAUAAGAAAAGAGAAGAAAUGAAGACUCAGAUCAAAACUUAUAUUACAAAGCAAAUUCAAGCCAUAGUAGACGCGGCGGGAAAGGCGACGUCUAGCAACGGCGUCGAUGUAUCCGGUGGGCAAGCGGCUCUACAGGGUGUUGCUGAGUUGGGUGGCAAUUUUAAAAAGUGGGUAACUGAGCUUACAAAACAGGCAGCACUGGAAGAUAUCCUGUUCUCGCUUCAAUAUAAUCUUAAAAAGCACAAUAACAAAGUACUUCCAACAGUCGACGAACAAAAUGUACUCGUAAAGGCUCUUUUCACCGACCUUGGCGGCAAGGUGGAUGAAGGGUUGCCGAAUGGAGGAAGAGGACCAUCGGAACAAAUAAACUUAAUGGAUACACUUGGGGAAUAUAGAGAUAAAAAGCAGACGCUUACCGGUGCAAUCACGACUAUAGGAUCUAACGUGACUCAAAACCUUGACGGAACUUGUAGUGAGAACAGCGGAAUAAUUGGUGACAAGAAUACCUUCCAACAACCCUUCUCCCAAAUCAAAGAACAACUCACAGCGAUCGCCGGCCUGGUCGACAGCGACCAAACAAAGCCGGACCCACCUACCAAAAAAACAGGCGUCAAAAACUACCUGACUGAUCUUGAGAAGAUGCUUACCGAGCAACCAAAUUAUCCCCUUACCACCCAGCUAGAUAAAACGUACACCGUCCAAGGCCUCGCGCUGAUCAAGACGGAUAUUGAGGCGCUGCAAAGGACACUGUUCCCCAGCUGA